AGGAAGGAAUGCGCAACGUGUCGGAGGUGGCAGAACCUAACAGCUCUCUAGCGAGGGCACGAGAACGGUCCCUUCUGGAAGAGCCCCAUUUCCCCUGAUGCUUCCAGCCCAGGAUACCGAGACAAUCAUGGCUUGCUAAGGGAGAUGGAACUUGGCAUUAUCCGGAUGGAAAUAGUAAAGCCAAUUGAGCUUCUCUCUGUUCGCUAGCUCUACACCUUGAAACCGAAAAAAAAACCCACCCCCUUCUGCGGCUUGUGUCUUUUCCCUGACGAAGUCCUCCUGGAGGUUGGACGGGAUCUUCUUCCCUCUUGUGUCUAGUUUUGUGCUCUCCACGUGGUGGCGCUCCUGGAGCGCUACAGUGAUGGCGUCAGCUCUGGAAGGCACAGGCAAGGAGGGGAAGAAGGAAUCCUCAAAGAAGUGUUCGGUGGCUGGUUCUCCAGUGGAGGGCCUCCUGCAGCCCGUGAAGCUCAGCCGGGCAGAACUGUACAAGGAGCCUACCAAUGAGGAGCUAAAUCGCCUUCGGGAGACUGAGAGUCUGUUCCAUUCCAGCUUGCUUCGUUUACAGGUAGAGGAGCUACUGAAGGAAGUGAGGCUGUCAGAGAAGAAGAAAGAGCGGAUUGAUGCUUUCCUAUGGAAGGUCAACCAGCGGAUCAUGAGGGUGCCCUCAACCCCUGAGACAGAGCUGACCAACCAGGCAUGGCUCCAGGAUGGGGUUCGAGUCCCCCUCCACCAAGUGCCCUAUACUGUGAAGGGCUGUUUCCGCUUCUUACCCCCAGCCCAGGUCACUGUUGUGGGCAGUUACCUUCUGGGCACCUGCAUCCGGCCGGACAUCAAUGUGGAUGUGGCAUUGACCAUGCCCAGGGAGAUCCUACAGGACAAGGAUGGGCUGAACCAGCGCUACUUCCGCAAGCGUGCCCUCUACCUGGCCCACUUGGCUCACCACCUGUCCCAAGACCCACUCUUUGGCAGUGUUCGCUUUUCCUACACCAAUGGCUGCCACCUGAAACCCUCGCUGCUGCUGCGGCCGCAUGGGAAGGAUGAGCGUCUGGUCACUGUCCGUCUGCAUCCAUGCCCUCCACCUGACUUCUUCCGCCCGUGCCGCCUGCUGCCGUCCAAGAACAAUGUGCGCACUGCCUGGUACCGAGGGCAGAGUCCUUCAGGGGAUGGUAGCCCAGAGCCCCCCACCCCCCGCUAUAACACAUGGGUCCUGCAGGACACAACCCUUGAGUCCCAUGCGCAGCUGCUGUCAAGCGUGCUGGGCUCAGCCUCUGGGCUGAAGGAUGGUGUGGCACUUUUGAAGGUCUGGCUGCGGCAGCGGGAACUGGACAAGGGCCUGGGAGGAUUCAGUGGGUUCCUUGUCUCCAUGCUGGUUGCCUUCCUUGUGUCUACACACAAGAUCCAUACCGCCAUGAGUGGCUACCAGGUCCUGAGGAGCACCUUGCAGUUUCUGGCCAGUACAGAUCUGACGGUCAACGGGAUCAGUUUAUGCUUCAGCUCAGAUCCCUCCCUGCCGGCCCUGGCUGACUUCCACCAGGCCUUCCCUGUUGUCUUCCUGGACUCCUCAGGCCGUCUCAACCUCUGUGCUGAUGUCACUGCCUCCACUUGCCACCAGGUGCAGCAUGAGGCACGGCUGUCUAUGGUGUUGCUGGACAGCAAAGCUGACGAUGGGUUCCAGCUGCUGUUGAUGACUCCCAAACCCAUGAUUCGGGCUUUUGACCACAUACUGCAUCUCCGUCCACUGAGUCGCCUGCAGGCAGCGUGUCACCGACUAAAGCUGUGGCCAGAGCUGCAGGAUCAUGGUGGGGACUAUGUCUCAGCUGCUUUGGGCCCACUAACCACCCUUCUGGAGCAGGGCCUGGGGUCCCGGCUGCACCUGCUGGCCCACUCUCGGCCCCCAGUCUCAGAGUGGGACAUCAGCCAGGAUCCACCGAAGCACAGAGACUCUGGGGUCCUGACCCUGGGAUUGCUCCUCCGGCCUGAGGGGCUGACCAGUGUUCUCGAGCUGGGUCCAGAGGCUGACCAGCCUGAGGCUGCUGACUUCCGCCAGUUCUGGGGAUCUCGCUCUGAGCUUCGGCGUUUCCAGGAUGGAGCCAUUCGGGAAGCUGUGGUCUGGGAGGCAGCCUCUAUGGCCCAGAAGCGCCUUAUUCCCCACCAGGUGGUCACUCAUCUCUUAACGCUCCAUGCUGACAUCCCAGAUACCUGUAUCCACUAUACGGGCGGCCUCCUGGAUGCACUGAUUCAAGGCCUGAAAGAGACCUCCAGCACAGGUGAGGAGGCCCUAGCAGCUGCGGUGCGUUGCUACGAUGACCUCAGCCGCUUGCUGUGGGGACUGGAAGGCCUGCCGCUGACCGUGUCUGCCGUGCAGGGAGCUCACCCAGUGCUGCGCUACACUGAGGUGUUCCCACCAACUGCAGUCCGGCCAGCCUCCUCCUUCUAUGAACAGCUGCAAGAGCGGGCCUCGCUGUUGCCCCGGCCUGACAAGCCCUGUCCAGCCUACGUGGAGCCCAUGACUGUGGUAUGUCACCUGGAGGGCAGUGGGCAGUGGCCACAGGAUGCUGAGGCCAUACGGAGGGUCCGGGCUGCCUUCCAGCUGCGCCUGGCAGAGCUGCUGACGCAGCAGCAUGGGCUGCAGUGCCGCGCCACGGCCACGCACACCGAUGUCCUCAAGGAUGGGUUUGUGUUCCGGAUUUGUGUGGCCUAUCAACGGGAGCCCCAGAUCCUGAGGGAGAUGCGGAGCCCCGAGGGGAUCAUCUCCUUGAGGGACACUCCCGCCUCCCUCUGCCUUGAGAGGGACACUAGGCAGUUGCCCCUGCUCACCAGCACCUUGCAUGGACUCCAGCAACAGCACCCAGCCUUCUCGGGUGUGGCUCGGCUGGCCAAGCGGUGGGUGCGCGCCCAGCUCCUAGGUGAGGAGCUCACCGAUGAGAGCCUGGACCUGGUGGCCGCUGCCCUUUUCCUGCACCCUGAGCCCUUCACCCCUCCCAGCUCCCCCCAGGUGGGCUUCCUUCGGUUCCUUUUCCUGAUAUCAACCUUUGAUUGGAAGAACAACCCCCUAAUUGUCAACCUCAAUGAUGAGCUCACUGCGGAGGAGCAGGUGGAGAUCCGCAGCGUCUUCCUGGCAACCCGGACCAAACUCCCCGUCAUGGUCAUCAUUACCCCCCAGGAUCGCAAAACCUCUGUAUGGACACAGGAUGGACCCUCGCCCCAGAUCCUACACCAGCUCAUGGUCCUGGCAGCUGAAGCCUUGCCCAUCCUAGAGAAGCAGCUAAUGGAUCCCCGGGGUCCUGGGGACAUCAGGACAGUGUUCCGGCCACCGUUGGACAUGUACGACGUGCUGAUCCACCUGUCUCCCCGCCACAUCCCCCGGCACCGCCAGGCUGUGGACUCGCCAGCUGCCUCCUUCUGCCGGGGCCUGCUUAGUGAGCCGGGGCCCUCCUCCCUGAUGCCCGUGCUGGGCUACGAUCCUCCUCAGCUCUACCUGGCACAGCUCAGGGAGGCCUUUGGGGACCUGGCCCUUUUCUUCUAUGACCAGCAUGGCGGAAAGGUGAUCGGUGUCCUCUGGAAGCCCACCAGCUUCCAGCCCCAGCCCUUAAAGGCCUCCAACACAAAGGGGCGCAUGGUGGUGUCUCAAGGUGGGGAGCUGGUGAUGGUGCCCAAUGUAGAAGCCAUCCUGGAGGACUUUGCCAUCCUGGGCGAAGGCCUGGUCCAGGCUGUGGAGGCCCGAAGUGAGAGGUGGACCGUGUGACCUCCAGCCCAGGAGCAAGCUGUAGAUGGACAGCAGGACUGCAGACCUCUGGAGCAAGAUGUCAAUGCCGUGACCACCCUUGCUGCAUAUGGACCUUCCAAGGAGGGCUUGCUGGCCUGAGCAUGCUGAAUCAUUCCCAACAAAGCCCUGUCCCAAUUUUCUGUCUGAUGCCCCAGCGUUGGGGCAGGGGCCAUGGUGUCCUGUGGAGUCCCCUGGGCCUGACCAGAAGAGGACUGGGAGCCAGCUCAGAGGGGACACUGAAUGAACCCAGGAGAUCCAUCUACUUGUCCGCCUGGCCUGGGCCUUUUUUAUUUUUUCCUUCCCAGGCUGCUCCCAGAAGCCCGGAGAAGAGGCUUUGUGCCCAGGGCUGAGGCUCUGUCCCCACCCCUCUGCCAGGAUGUGUGCCUCGACCUCAGUAUGCCCUUUGGUGCAUUGUCAGGCCUUUUAAAUGGGCCUCAGAGAAGGUGUGGCACUGCCUGAGAGUCACAGAGCACCAGCACUGAGCAGUGGAGAGGGGGCUACGUGGGGUGAAUACACCGCAUUGAAGGGGCACAAUGCCCACCUGUGUUGGUUCCACUGCAUCCCAGGGUGGGGACAUGGAAAAGCACAGAGGACUGGAAGGGGCCGGGUGGGUGAAAGGGGUGAGGGGGACUGGUGGUCCCCCAUCCAGGAGAGAUGCAGAAAGCACUGAUUGCUGCCCUGGCCUCCGGUGUCUGAGCCCCUCAGGCUCUGUGCUCCUGCAGUGGUGGUGCAGAGGUGAGUGGGACCCAAGACCUGCUCUCCAGGACCUCCCAGUGCCCUGAGGGAGGGGGUGCUGCUUCCUUUCAGCCUGGUCCACACCCCCCUUCCAGCAGCCUCUCCCUAAUCCUGGCUGUUUUUCCAGACUCAGCUCUAACAGUGACUCCUCCUUAAACCGUUCCUCUCCCUCAGCCUAAGGUGCGCUUUGUCUCCUCUGAAACAUUAGAGCAAUUACUGCCUGUUCAUUUCUCUUUGCAGUCACGUACAGUGGCAUGAACUCUCUUGUUUUAAACUGUGAUUUAAAAUUAAAGCAUUUAAUUUCCUUA